GUAAAGCUGCGGGGGUUGCGACCAGGAUAAAUGGUGGUUUCUGAGCCUGGCCGCAAACUUGGCUAUCUCAACUCAAAACUAAUGUUAAGGUGGGAGGGUCCCUUUAACCCAAACCAACCAACCAGCAAUCAAAAUGAACAGAUAACUUUCAGAAGAAGUAAGGGCUACUGGUACCAUUUUUCUUUUCUUGGUAACUGUUGUACCAAGCAUUGACAGUUUUGAAAGAAAUUAAGCGGGUUUUGAUAAUUGGAGCUAGUCAGGAUCUCUCACUCCAUCUUUUUCUUUGAAGUUCAAGUUCAAGUUUAUAUAAACCCAAGAUUCUUACAGAUAUAUAAACCAAGGCACCUUAUUUUGCCACAAGGCUCUAGUAGAAAGCUGCGUCCAGAGAUGUCAGAUUCUGAUUCAAAGUCAAAUAGCAGUGGUGGAGAAUCAGAUGAGGAGAAGCAGAAAUGCAGACCACAGCAGCACGGUGAUGGUGACAGCAGUGGCGCAACUCCCAAGAAGAGUGGUAGUGAAGAAAAGGGCCAAACAGAAGAUUCGAGGAAGUCUGAGGCCCCCAAGAGAAGUCACGAUGAGGCAGAGGCAGAUGCUGGGGAGGACGAUGAUGGAUGGAUCGGGCCCAUGCCUUCAGAGGCAGCACCUGUCAAAAAACAAAAAGUGUUGGAGUUUGAAGAGGUGUACCUGGAGAACCUCCCAUCCACAGACUGCUAUGAGAAGAGCUUCAUGCACCGUGAUGUGGUCACCCACCUGGUCUGCACCAAGACGGACUUCAUCGUCACAGCCAGCAGCGACGGCCACGUCAAGUUCUGGCGUAAGGAGGAGGUGGGCAUCGAGUUCGUGAAGCACUUCCGCGCUCACCUGGGCGCCGUGCAGGACAUGGCCGCCAGCGGCACCGGCGCACUCCUCUGCACCAUCUCGGCCGACAAGAGCGUCAAAAUAUUCGACGUCAUCAACUUCGACAUGAUCAACAUGAUGAAGCUGCCGUACGUGCCACGCUGCUGCCAGUGGGUGCACGCCGCCGGCGACGCACUCGCCGCCCUCGCCAUCUCGGAGGCGGACUCGCCGCAGAUCCACGUGUACGACGGCCGAGCGGGCAGUGAGCCGCUGCACACCUUCGCCAAGCUGCACACCAAGCCGGUGGUGCUGAUCCAGUACAACGUGCCGUUCCACGCUGCCGUCUCGGCGGACGAGGCCGGCAUGAUCGAGUACUGGACGGGGCCCAAGCACGACUACCAGUACCCGCGCAACGUGCGCUUCGAGUCCAAACUGGACACGGACCUGUUUGAGUUCGCGCGCCGCAAGACGGUGCCGCGCGCGCUCAGCUUUUCACCGGAUGGACGACUGUUCGCCACAAUCGCCGCCGAUCGAAAGAUACGCGUGUUCCGCUUCCUGACGGGUAAGCUGACCCGCGUGCUGGACGAGUCGAUCGCGCACUACACGGAGCUCCAGCAGGCCAAGCAGCAGGUGCCCAGCAUGGAGUUCGGAAAACGUAUGGCGGUGGAGCGGGAGCUGGAAAAGUCGUCGGCGCUGAACCUGAGCACCGUGCUGUUUGACGAGAGUGGCCACUUCCUGAUGUACGCCACCAUGCUGGGCGUCAAGCUCAUCAACCUGCACACUAACCGGCUGGUGAAGCUUAUCGGGAAGCCGGAGAACGUGCGCUUCCUGCAGCUGGCCCUCUUCCAGGGAAAGCCGAAGAAGCUGGUACAGUCGUCGGUGACCAUGGAGAUGGAGGCGUCCGAUAACCCGACGCUGGAGGCCACGGCGCCGGACCCCACCCUCUUCUGCACCGGCUUCAAGAAGAACCGCUUCUACCUGUUCUCACGUCGAGAGCCGGCCGAGACCCGAGGAGUGGACGUGGACCGUGACGUCCUGAACGAGAAGCCCACCAAGGAGGACAUGAUCGCCGCCACAGAGAGCUCCGCCUCGUCGAAGCUGUACGAGAACGCGGUGAUCCACACGUCCCUGGGCGACAUCCACCUGAAGCUGUUCCCCAACGAGUGCCCCAAGACGGUGGAGAACUUCUGCGUCCACGCCCGGAACGGCUACUACAACGGACACAUCUUCCAUCGCGUCAUCAAGGCGUUCAUGAUCCAGACGGGUGACCCGCUCGGCACGGGGACGGGCGGCGAGAGCAUCUGGGGCGGCGAGUUUCAGGACGAGUUCCACCCCUCUCUGCGACACGACCGGCCGUACACGCUGAGCAUGGCCAACGCCGGGCCCAACACCAACGGCUCCCAGUUCUUCAUCACACUCAUACCGACGCCCUGGCUGGACAACAAGCACACCGUGUUCGGACGCUGCACGCGCGGCAUGGAGGUGUGCCAAAACAUCGGACUCGUCAAGACCAACCCCAAGACGGACAAACCGUACGACGACGUCACCAUCAUCAACAUCUCCGUCAAGUGAGACGCGUCACGCCGCGCUCACGUCACGUCACAUCUCUCAUGUCUCAUCAUGUCACGCCGCUGGCAACGGCAGACCUCGUCACCAGAUGUGCCCCGACUGGGUUCCCACGGUCUGCCAGCCCGGUGGGCGGAGCCUGAGACGGGCUCCCCUCCCAGGGUACAAACAAAAUGGCGGCCGGAACGGGCUGGGGGCGAGGACGGCGGGGUCUGCCAUUUAUCGGUGCCAGUGGACUGUUUCCGUUUCGUUCUGUUUGCAGUGGCAAUAGCUGAUGAUUCAGGGCAUUCUGGAUACAUCAUAAGCGUAAAAAACGAAUUGGAUGUUGUAUUUCAGGGGAUUGUUUCUGUACUGUAGCAGGUUUUCAUUAUCUGAACUGUGGAUAUCCCUGUGCAUAAGCCAGUGUCCCCUCUCAUCGGGUCUUGCUUUGGUUUCACCCAAGUAACCUCGUCGUCUUCACCCGCUCCCAAUGACCACACCGGCGUCACGUCACGUCCUGUGUCGUCACGGGCCGCUCGCGUCACACAUUGCGUGACCCUGUGAUACGGGCGGAGCUGGGCGCCGGCCGCCGGCCCGUUUGAUGGCGACUGAAGCACCGCGGCCGCCGCGGGGUCAGGCGGUGUUGUUAUAGAGGACGGCCGCGAGUGAUGUGCGCCGACGGGAGGGGGACAGGGGGCCCGGUGUCGGCGGCUGUUGGCGCCGCUAUCGGUCAUCCACAGCCGCGGGGCCGUAUCGGUCUCAGCUGAUACGCUAUGUGGAGUGGCUCUGCGGGUGUUACACUGUGAAGUACCGGACGUUGGUACCCAAACAAGGGGAACCGAGUCUGACUUUCGACGCCACAACUGUGGAAGACGCUUGUUUCACGGGACGGGACUGUCCUACCCAGUGGGGAUGUAGGGGCAUGUGCUCUGUGAGCCCGAAACGGGAGCUGUGAUGAGAUGACAUAAUGACAAUACAAACGUGUGUUUGUAAA